UCCGGUGAUGAAAUGAUAAUUGUUCCACAUUUUAUUCGCACAAACUGGUUCCUCUGCGGCAUACUUUUUGCUAUUUGUUUAGCUAGUACUGCACCAAGUAUAGGAGCAAAAGGAGGUAUUCUGAGACCAGAAAUAACAGUCAAAUUUCUUGCUGUAGCCAUCAUCUUUUUUAACAGUGGGAUAUCACUGAGGAGUGAGGACUUGACGAGAGCAUUAGUACAGUUCAAACUCCACCUCUUCAUCCAGGGAUGGACGUUCCUUAUUUUCCCCUUUCUGAUAAAUAUUCUGGUAUCUUUGAUGAAAGAUGGACCCUUCGAUAAGCUCCUCCUACAAGGACUGUUGGUUCUAGGAUGUAUGCCUCCUCCAGUAUCAUCAGCAGUCAUACUAACAAAGGCAGUGUCUGGAAAUGAGGCAGCAGCAAUAUUUAAUUCUGCAGUUGGAAGUUUUGUGGGAAUAUUUGUUACACCAUCUUUGAUACUACUUAAUGUAGGGUCAGCUGUGGAUGUCCCAGUCAGUUCUAUUUUUGUACAGCUGUCGCUGACCGUUGUAGUGCCCUUGUUUUGGGGUCAGCUAAUCAGGAGACGAUACAGGACAUGGUUAGAGAGAAAUCCAAUUCCUUUUGGGAGCAUAGGCAGUGUAAUACUUUUGCUGAUCAUCUACACCACAUUUUGUGAUACCUUUUCACAUGCGGAGAUUAACCUGGAUUUCCUCAGUCUUAUUUCCAUUGUCUUCCUUAUUGUUAUCCUUCAAUGUGGAUUGCUAUGGAUGGUGUUCUAUGUCACUACACGUCCUUGGCUGAACUUUGAACCCACAGAUACCACCGCCCUCAUGUUCUGUAGUACUCACAAGUCACUCACUCUAGGUAUUCCCAUUAUAAAAAUUGUGUUCAGUGGAGAUCCAGGCUUGUCUGUGAUCACUAUCCCCCUAUUGGUGUACCAUCCUACACAGAUCCUACUGGGGGGCUUGUUGGUGCCACCCCUCAAAGAGUGGAUGUAUUCUGCCAGAAGAAACAGGUACAUGAUGGCAAAGCAUGUGUAGAAUAACCAGGAAGAGUUCUUCAUUUAGCAAGAACAUUCAGAUAUUGUAGUCUUUACUGUACACACACAUAUCUUUUUA